ACAAGAUCUGCUCUACAAGAGUAUCUAUCCAAUGCACAGUUAAAAUGCAUAAAGUUUCGCAGUACAGAUGUUGGAAUUGUAACAUUUGAUGUAUUUUUUCAGUCCUUAAAGACUCACAAAACGCUUACUGAUGUUGAUAUUGCAUUUAAUGUUGUUGAUGAUGUAAAUUGUGAUGCUAUCUCUGAAGUUAUUAUCCACAACACAAAGUUGGAAAAACUGCUCAUGUGGCAUAGUCAUAUCACUGAUCAUGGUGCCAAUGUAUUGAUAAAUGCUGUAAACCAACGACCGAUGGAUUCACCACAUUUGUGUCUAGAACUCCAUGGUUCUCAAUAUAUAUAUGAAGAAACAAUGAAACAUUUUGACGAAUGUGUUAGAUUGAAAUGUCAAUCUAAAGUAAGCAGAAAGGUUAAGGUAUCAGGACAAAGCUCGGAUUUUGUGGAAACACUUACUGGAAACAAAAUUAAGGAAAUUGUGGGUAAAACUUCUAAUGGUGAAGAAAUAGAAAAGGAAAUUGAAAAGCUCAAAUUAAAAGAAGAAAUUCAAUCAAAAGAAAAGGUUGAAAGGAAAGGACUUGCUCGCAUGAAAUCUAAUCUUAAGAACAACUAUGUGUCUCCACUUGAUGACUCAGAAAAAAUGGUUGCGUAUGUGCUGGACCAAAAGUUUAUCGGCGAAAGAGCUGAUGGGUUGUAUUUUUCAGAAAUUCUGCUGGACGAUCAUGGUAAGGCAAAAGAAUUAUGGGCUUCAUGUAAUAGGUGCGAUCAUCCUGUGCUGGACGUGGUAGCAUAUUAUUGUAAUAAUAACACACGCAAGAAUUUACUGGCUGAUGUAAACGCAGCUUUAGAAGAAUGUGGAUUUCUUGGACUUGUGAUUGAAGAGGAAGAAAUUCAUCCGAUUCAAAAAGUGGAACACUGUACUGAUCUUGGUGACUUUGAUGCCAGCAGACGACAGAUAUUUUCAAUGAUAUCAACUCAAAUUGGUUUCGAAGCAAGCUUUGAUGGUUGUUCUGAAGUAUGGAAACUUCGAGAAAGCGUUCCAUUCGUAGUGCAUGAUGGAAUUAUAGUCGUAGGGACUUCCACGGCUAUCAAUCUGGCUGUGAGAAUAUUUCUUGAAGUUGUAUUUCAUGUCUAAAUUUCAGAAAAGUGAGAAAUCAAAAUCUUAGUUCAAAACCGACAGGCUCCGUUCUUCAAUACAGAACACCUAACAAAUCCAAGGGACGAGGUCCUAAAUAAUGUUUGGCCCCGGUAGCUUAUAUUCCUGUGAUAACGAUGCGGGCAAUGUCUACGACGGGCGAAAAUCAACAAACCUGUGGAAUCUUCUACUGGCUACCUGGUGGACGAGGAUGAAAUAGGCUACCUAUUACUCCAUAUUGGACGUAUACUGUAUAUAAAAAACAUUCUCGUCCACAUUUUUUAAAUAAAUGUCGACACUUUUCAAAGUGUAUCUCAAAGACCCUCUCAGGCCAAAAAUAUGAAUUUUUUAAUUAGAUUUAUUUGAAAAAGUUUUGCGCUUUUUUCUUUGAAAAGUUUGUGUUGAUUCAUGUGGUUAAACUUACCCUCUUUGAUGUUAUCCCAAACUAUUUCGACAUAGUUGUCUCGAUCUGGUCUCGAUUGUUCAUGAUGUAAUCCUAAAGCAUGGCCAAUCUCAUGGAUAGCAAUGCCUUUAGUGAAGCAGCCGAAUCCUAAUGAAAGUUUUUGUUUUCCUCCUGUCUUACCAACGUGAGAGUAGCACCUGAAAAAUACUCUAUAAGUUAGCCAUCUUCGUUAUAUAAAAGGUUAUAACAACCUCGUUCCCAAGGCUCUUCGUCUUUUUGAUUACUCCGUAACAACAGCUGAGGGCAAAAAGGCCACGAAGACAAGGUUGAUCAUUUUAAUGAAAUUAGUUUUAUUGGUAACUUGAGGCAUCAAUUUUUUAUUUUUGGCUAAAUUUUAAUACCUUGUGGUUCAGUUUAAUGAUCGGAAGUGUAUAACAAAAUAUAGGAGAUUUAGUUGUGAAAUACGAAAAUGAAUGCUAAGCGACAUCUUUACGGUGUUUUCCUGUAGUAAUUUGCAGAUCAGAAUAUAUGAAAAACAACUUUUCUCCCAUUGGAAAAAGUGUUUCCAAAAGAAACUUUUGCAAAAUUUUUGUAUUUUACUUGUAAAAGCUUCUGUGGUUGUACAAAUAGAUUAUGUUAAACGCGCGUGUCCUUAGUUUUCAACCUCGUCUCCAGAGCUCUUCUACACCUAUGAUAUUACGGCCAUCCUGACAGAAUAUCAUAGGCGUAAAAGAACCCUGAGGACAAGGUUGAUUAGUGCUCAACAGCAGCUUCAGCUUGGCCUUAAUUUCCGUCAAAAAAAUAUUUAAGAGAACUGAUUAAGGGUGUGAAAAUGAGGAUCGAAAUACGUCGUACUUUCCAAAACCAUCAUCAAUGAAUUCAACAUAAUCACGUUCAUUUGUGCGUGGUUUAAAUUUGAUACAAGUUUUCUUUUCCCAUGCCUCCAUAGCAUUCUUAAUCGCUCUUUCAGUUGGUCCUUUGAUCCCCUUUA